AUGUGACAAAAAAUUAAGCAUAUGUGACAAAGAAUUAAGCAUAUGUUUAUCUUGUAAACAGGACUAACUAAUCAUAGUUACUGCAAUUUGAAUUAAAACAAAUAUAUUGAUUUCUACAAUCCCCUGAUAGUUAUUUUUCUUUACAGUUUAUUUUUCAUCAUCAAAUUUUAAAGAAGAUUGUAUGUUGGGAAAGGCUUGAUUUUUUCUAAAGUUUAGUCACAAAAUCUUUAAUAUGAAAUGUUCUGAUACGUUUUUUAGUGUACAAUCUUAUAUUUUGACUCCAAAACCUAUUGUAUAAUUUUAUAAUCUGUGGCCACCCUGUAGUUAUCAGAAAUCUAAUAAUAAACAUAGUCUUUGUGUUUCUGUAAUGCCGAAUUAUUUAAACUUUACGAUGUCAAAGUUCUAUUCAUUGUUAAUAGCAGUAUUUCUUUUUCAAUCUACAAUUUAUACAUAGGCUAUUUUUAUUCUUUUAGUAUGAGUAUUACUUCUAGCUCGCUGUACAGUGAACACAAAGUUCGCACUGAUGAUCCUGGUUUGUUAAAAAAAUUAGAUGUAACCAAUGAUGAAGUCAUUAACGAGUAUAUAUCAGAAGCACUGGAGAAGAAGAGAAAACCAAACGAAAUUGAAGUGCUGAAGUUUAAAUUAAAAGAAAAAGCACUGUUACUAGAGAAAGCACCUACAGUCAAGCGAAAGGGAAAAAGACAAAAGAAAGGUCGAAGACUUAUCAAAGCUAGUCGACGCUUUAAGUCAUUGGGAUUCUACGAUAUUUCUAAGGAUAGACAAAAAUACGAGAAUUUUUUACCCCUUCAUGAACUUUGGAAGCAAUAUUUUUGUAGUUCGUAUACUGUGGAGAAGACGAAAGAUCUUGUUAUAAGAGCAGAUGAAAGAUUGUUAAGGAUGGACUAUCAUGGUGCUGAUUUGACCGUCUCCAAUUGCAAGUGCUCCUCUUACAUUGGACUAAAAGGAAUUGUUUUUAAAGAGACCAAGAAUAUGUUUAUGAUAAUCACGAUGAACAAUGAAGUCAAGUCAGUCCCUAAAAAGGAUACGAUAUUUUCGUUUGAGUUAGAAGGACAUAAGGUUAAACUGAACGGUGAUGCAAUGUUGGGCAGGCCAGGUGUUAGGAUGGCCAAAAAAUUCAGGCCAUUGUUUAGAGCUGAUUUACUAAUAGAUACAGAUAUAUGAAUGUGAAUGUGGUAGUUUUUUUUUGAGGAAGACAUUCAUUUCUUAACCUGUGUUUGAGAAUUUGUCGCUGUUUUUCAGGAUGUUUUAAAAGCAGUGAUAUUUUUCUCUUGUAUUCAUGUGCAGCUCUCAAAUAGGAGAGUUUUUUAAAUAUGUAGUAAGCAUGUUUUUCAGCCUUGGUAUAUCGUUCUUGAUAGAUCA